UUAAAAACUUUGUUGUUUUUUGAAAAAAAGAAAAGCAAAUUGUAGAGUUUUCCCUGCAAAGUCGUUCGGAAUUUGUCUGAAACCACUCUGCCAAUCCCUGACAAGGCUCUUUCUAAGGACUACACUCUUCAGUACGGCGAAUAAAAAGAUGCCAACACCUUUUCAUUUCUCCUCUCCACCAUAUCAAAGAAAAAAAACCUUGAGAACUAAACAAACAAAUCCCCCAUAAUUCCCUUUCUUCCAUGGCUCUUCUUCUCUUUUUCAUCACCCUUCUUCAUUUUUCCUCCAUUUCUGACCAGCAACAACUCCCUCUGCUUUCUUCUCUCGAACGAGACUCUGUUUUCUCCCUUCUCUCUGCUCUCAACUCCUCCGUCCCUUGGCGCACCCUCUUCCCCGACGAUGACCUCUGCUCCGCUCCUCCACAUGGCGUCGUUUGUGACUACUUUUAUCAAUCAAUCAACAGUACGGUGCCUGACUCUGUUCAUAUCACUGAGAUGAGCUUUGGUUUUAUUUCCGAUUACUCUUCGAAUCCGCCUUGUUCUUUUAAUUCUACCAUCGACCCAGUUCUUUUCACGUCCUUUAGGUAUCUGCGGAAGAUUUUCUUUUAUAAGUGUUUUACCGGUGAUGUUGUUCUUUCUUUCUCCGGCGGUGUUUUGCCGGCGUUUGCUUCGACUUUGGAGGAGCUUGUUUUGGUGGAUAAUACGGCGUUGGUUGUUUCUAUUGAAAAUUUGUUUGGAAAUUUCACUAACUUAAGAAGAGCGAUCGUUACUGGUAAUGGCGUUUAUGGCCAAAUUCCGGAGUGGGUUUCGGAUUCCGGCGAACUGGAAGAGAUUACGUUCUCACGGAAUCGUCUUGGCGGUCAGAUACCGGCGAGUCUGUCGAAACUUAAGAAGCUGAAGAUUCUUGAUCUUAGUGGUAAUUUCCUCGAUGGAUUUGUCCCUGAAUCGAUAGGAAACCUCACGGAGCUUCUGAAAUUGGAUUUAAGCUAUAAUAGAAUCUCGGGCAUAAUACCGGAAAGUUACCGAAAUCUGCAGAAACUGGAGUUUCUAGACUUGAGCUUCAAUCGUUUUGGAAAUUUCGGGAUACCCAAAUUUGUAACAGAGAUUCCAAGGUUGAAGGAGGUUUAUCUGAGCGGAAAUUUAGUAGGAGGGGAGAUUCCAGAGAGAUGGGAGAAGGUUGAAGGGUUGUCAGCGAUUGGAUUUUCCGGCAUGGGUUUGACCGGGAAAAUUCCUCCAUCAAUGGCGGUUCAUCUAAGAAGUUUAAGCUAUUUGGGACUGGACGGAAACAAACUUGAAGGGAGAUUGCCGCCGGAGUUUGGGUUUUCGAAGACGUUGAACGAAAUCAAUUUAGAAAACAAUAAUCUGAGUGGCAGAGUUCCGUUUUGUUCAAAUUUCUGUGCAAAAAUUGGGAAGAAAUUGAGGUUGACAGGGAACUCAGAUCUUUGUGUCGACGAAGAACUGAAGAAUGUGAAAAAUGGAAGCAUUUUGGGGCACAUGAAACUCUGCCAACAAUCAAAUAUCUCAGAUCAGUUUUUCUUUAAUGGGUCUUCUUCUUCUUCUUCUUUUUCUUCUUCUUCUUAUCCAUUGAUGUUUGAUUUUGCUAAGCUUCAACAUGUGGUGUUGAUCGGAGUUUUGUGGAUUUUGUUGGUGAAAUUUUAGGAGGUUUUGGGAUUUGAGGAAAGAGGAAUUAAGUAAGGGUUGGAUUAAAGAUAAUAGAGAGAUUAAGUAAGGAGAUUACACUGACUGAGAUGAACCUUUAUAUAUAAAUAGAUAUAUUUAGGGUUUGAAUGAGUGAGAAUGAGGAAAGUGGGGGUGAAAAAUUGUAAUUAAGUUGUGUUAAUUUACAGCUUAUAGUGAUAUAUUAUAAACCGUAAUGGGAUUUUGGUUUUAAUUAAGUUUAAAGCUUACUUGGUUCAUUA